CCCACCGCUGGGACCCCCGGAGAUGGCCCGGGCUGCUGCAAGGGAGGAGCGAGGAGGGGGCUACACCAUGCCCCCUGCCAGGGAGGAGAGGCCGGCACGGCAGCCAUCAGCUAUCCCACCGGCAUCCAGCAUCCCGCCGGCAUCCGCUGCCCCACAGAGGCAGCCACCCCAGGAGGAAGAGGAGGAGGAUGCCAACAGCUACGACUCUGAUGAAGGCACUACGCUGGGAGCGCUGGAGUUCAGCCUGCUCUAUGACCAGGAGAACAGUUCCCUGCACUGCACCCUCAUCAAGGCCAAAGGCUUAAAACCGAUGGACUCAAAUGGCCUGGCAGAUCCCUACGUCAAACUGCACCUCUUGCCUGGAGCUAGCAAGUCAAAUAAGCUGAGGACGAAGACGCUGCGCAACACCCGUAACCCCGUGUGGAACGAGACCCUGGUGUAUCAUGGCAUCACAGAUGAGGACAUGCAGAGGAAAACCCUCAGGAUCUCCGUGUGUGACGAAGACAAAUUUGGCCACAAUGAGUUUAUCGGCGAAACUCGAGUUUCCUUGAAAAAAAUCAAAGCCAAUCAGAAGAAGAACUUCAACAUCUGCUUGGAAAGAGUAAUACCAAUGAAGCGUACGGGAACAACCGGCUCAUCCCGUGGGAUGGCACUGUAUGAAGAGGAGGUAGAUCGUGGUGGGGAUAUAGAGGAGCGUGGCAAGAUCCUCGUGUCCCUCAUGUACAGCACCCAGCAGGGAGGUUUGAUUGUGGGCAUCGUCCGCUGCGUGCACUUGGCGGCUAUGGAUGCCAACGGAUACUCAGACCCCUUUGUUAAACUUUGGCUGAAACCUGACAUGGGAAAAAAAGCCAAGCACAAGACACAGAUUAAGAAGAAAACAUUGAAUCCCGAGUUUAAUGAGGAGUUCUUCUAUGAUAUCAAACACAGUGAUCUGGCCAAGAAAUCACUGGACAUUUCUGUCUGGGAUUACGACAUCGGAAAAUCGAAUGAUUACAUCGGCGGCUGUCAGCUCGGCAUCACGGCUAAGGGCGAGCGCUUGAAACACUGGUAUGAAUGCUUGAAGAACAAGGACAAGAAGAUCGAACGCUGGCACACCCUCCAAAACGAGAACCACGUUGCCAGUGAUUAA